CGCCGACGUUGACAACCGCAUAACAACAUCAAAGCUGCGUCCAUCUCCCCAAUAUUCUCGUCGCGUCACAAUGGCCUCCCCGAAGCGCUACGCGUAUCCGUUCGCGGCCUCCCCGGAUAUCAUCCGCUCGCACCAGAAAGACGCCUACUUCAGCGGCGUGCUCCUUGAACAACUCUCCUCACUCCUGCGCAAACUAUACGGCGCCCGAUUUGCACACACGUAUAUAUCCGAGACUCGAGUUCUUGGCGAGCUGUUGUAUCUCGGCCUCACAACCGCCAUCGGGAACAGAACACUGGGAGAAGAGUAUUGCGACAUUGUGCAGGUUGAGAAUGAGACAGGGCAGCUACCAGCGCUGGGAAGAAGAGCAGGAUACAUUUUGAGCUGUAUAUUGGGGCCAUACUUAUUAGGAAGAGCGCUGCCAGCAUUCAGGAAGAGGAUAAGAGCGAAGCUGGAGGCGAAUCUCCGAAGCUAUGCGCGACAGCACGCGAAGGCGCUACACGUCGCGAAAGAGAGCGGCAAGAAGAGCCCAUCGCAACCCCUAGGCAUGCGCCUACAAAACUAUAUCCUUACACAUCUCGACACGAUGACGUCGCCCUCUCCCGUUUACGCCCUGUCCCUGGCAACCUUCUACUUCUCCGGCAGUUACUACCACCUCUCAAAGCGCAUUUGGGGCCUGCGAUACAUUUUCACGCGCUCAGUACAAGAAAGCGAUCAGCGCGUUGGCUACGAAGUUCUCGGCGUCCUACUUGUGCUGCAAAUGGGUGUACAGGGCUACCUGCACUUGCACAACACCAUGACCUCUUCCACAGGCAGCGCAGCACAUCUGGGCCAAGCAGCAGGGACCUCGGCCGUGGUUGGAGGCGGCGUGGAAGUCUCGCUCGAUCCAAACUCGUACUCGGAGAACAACGCGCUGCUCUUCGAUGCGCCGACAGCGCCCCCUGCCAUCCCGCCUUCGGAUCUGCAGAAAUGGACACAUACUCCUGCUACGAAUAAGCCGCACUAUGGGUUGGAAGACGAAAACACGAUGGGUUGGAUCGGAGAGAGCAACCGGAAGUGCACGCUGUGUCUGGAAGAGAUGCGGGACCCGAGCGUGACGACGUGUGGACAUGUGUUUUGCUGGGGGUGUAUUAGUGAUUGGGCGAGGGAGAAGCCUGAGUGUCCGCUUUGCAGGCAGAGCUGUCUUGUGCAGCAUGUGCUGCCGUUGAGAGGGUGAAGAGGGUGAAGAGGCAUUAGUCAAUAGGUACACGACUUGUGACGGAUGGCUUCAUCUCCUGAGAUACAAGCGGGGAUGUUUCAAUAGCUUUUAUAAUGAUUUUACUACGCUUCAACGAAGCAUUACGAGCGAAUUGACU